UCAGCAGGACUGGUGGAUGAGUUUACUCUAAUGUGAGUUCUUCAAAAAGAGAAGACAUUAUUGGAAUGCCUGAAACACACCAAUAGUUUGCUUAAAAGAUUCAUGGGUCCAUAAAAGCUGCAUAAACUGAAAUCUGUUUAUCUAAAGAUCAGGUACGACAUGGCAAAUGGUAGUAUGCCUCAUGCUAUGCUUCACUUCUGCUCUGAACAGAUCACCUCUCGUGGGGAAAGCUCAAUCAAUCCUGUUUGUCUAUAAGAAAAACCAACUAUGGCUGUGAUGGAGCCAGUUUGUUUUAUGAAGAGCCUCAACUGAAGCAGAUUUCUGUAUGCAAUGGACACUGAUCUCAGCUCCCAAGACAGGAAGGACCUGGACAAGUUCAUCAAAUUUUUUGCUUUGAAGACUGUACAAGUGAUUGUCCAGGCCCGACUUGGAGAGAAAAUCUGUACUCGAUCAUCCUCUUCACCAACAGGCUCUGACUGGUUCAACUUGGCAAUCAAAGAUAUACCAGAAGUUACUCAUGAAGCAAAGAAAGCCUUGGCAGGACAGCUACCUGCUGUUGGACGGUCAAUGUGUGUGGAGAUCUCUCUUAAAACCUCAGAGGGAGAUUCCAUGGAGUUGGAAAUCUGGUGUCUAGAAAUGAAUGAAAAGUGUGACAAAGAAAUCAAAGUUUCUUACACUGUGUACAACAGACUGUCUCUACUUCUGAAGUCUUUGCUUGCUAUAACCCGGGUAACUCCAGCCUACAGACUCUCCAGGAAACAGGGCCAUGAAUAUGUAAUACUGUACAGGAUAUACUUCGGGGAAGUGCAGCUGAGCGGCUUGGGAGAAGGUUUCCAAACAGUCCGUGUUGGGACAGUGGGUACUCCAGUGGGCACCAUCACUUUGUCUUGUGCCUACAGAAUCAACCUGGCCUUCAUGUCAACACGGCAGUUUGAGAGGACCCCACCUAUCAUGGGGAUUAUCAUUGAUCACUUUGUGGACCGUCCCUACCCCAGCUCUUCACCCAUGCACCCCUGCAAUUACAGAACAACUGCUGAGGACAAUGCGGCAGUAUAUCCAUCAGUGGAAGACUCUCAGGAAGUGUGCACCACUUCUUUUUCCACUUCCCCUCCAUCCCAGUGUGUUUUUACUGUCACUCAGGCACAUUUUCAGACCCCUCUUCCUGUGGUGACGGACACCUUGAAGGUCCCUAUGAUGGGACUGGGCUUUUCACAUCAACUUUCCAGCUCUCGUCUUUCCUAUCAGCCUGCUGCCCUGGGAGUUGGAUCAGCUGACAUGGGGUAUCCAGUAGUCUUUGCUGGUGGCUUGAAUGCUGCACAUCCUCAUCAGUUGAUUGUUCCAGGGAAGGAGGGUGGGGUGCCCCUGGUUCCUAGCCAGCCACCACAUGCUGCUCAAGCUGACCAAGAGAGGAUGGCAAUGUGCACCCCUUUGGAUGGAGCCCACUACUCAGCAGCUACACCUUCCAGUAGUGAGGACACAGAGACAGUAUCAAACAGCAGUGAAGCGAAGAGUGGCUCCCCACAUGAUAUCUUGGAGACCAUCUUUGUCCGGAAGGUGGGGGCCUUUGUCAACAAACCUAUUAAUCAGGUGACCAUGGCCAACUUAGACAUUCCUUUUGCCAUGUUUUCUCCCAAGAACAUUGAGCUGGAGGAUAACGACCCCAUGGUGAAUCCUCCCGACUCCCCAGAAACUGAGUCUCCUCUACUGGGCAGCUUACAUUCAGAGGGCUCCAGUGGCAACAGCACUGGGAACACACAUGAUGAUUUUGUCAUGGUUGAUUUUAAACCAGCAUUUUCAAAAGAUGACAUUCUCCCAAUGGACCUGGGGACAUUCUACCGUGAGUUUCAGAACCCCCCUCAACUCAGCAGCCUCUCCAUUGACAUUGGGGCUCAGUCCAUGGCGGAGGAUCUGGACUCAUUACCAGAGAAGCUGGCAGUCCAUGAGAAAAACGUCAAAGAGUUUGAUGCCUUUGUAGAGACCUUGCAGUGAAGCUACAACAAUGUCCUGCUUCUUGGGCACCCUAAAGGAUGCAGCCCACAGAUGUCUGUCUGUCUAUCCCUUUUGUGUCUUUUUGUCUCUUUCUCUACAUCUACUAGGCUUUAUUUGGAUCACUUCCCUCAUUACCAGAUCCAGGAUCAAUUGUUGGUGUCUCCAUAGUAGUUUUGGACCCCCUUUUCCUUCUGGCAUUUGAUUUCUUACCUGUAAUUACAACAGGAACAAAAGAAAAGAAAACCUAUUGUACUAGC